UAUUGAUGUUUAAUUGCAGAUGAGAUGUGCUACUGUCUUUACACAGAGGUAUGACUCAUGAUGUCUUGUUACUCACCACUCAUGAUUGUGAAUUGUUUCUUCCAGCAGGUAUUUUGUCAAAACCAUUUCGCACACUGACUGUGUGCACAUGAGGAAGAGCAAACUGAUAAAGGUCUCACACAUAUUCUCUUCAAUUGGCUUAUCAGAUUCAUAAACUUUGAAUUUUUUUUGGUCAAUUCUAUCUCAAGAUCAAUGAGACACAGUCCAAACUUUUUAUCUUCUGGCUAAUUUUUACUUUACCAAACCAUGACUCUAUCUAAGUCUAGUAGCCCCACCUAGUAGCAGUAUUACUAUCACAGUUUUUUUGUUUUGACAGAUAAUUUUUGUCAAACAGCAAUAGUAAAUCACUCAUACUGGUUAUUAUGAGUGAUGAGAAUGCAUACACCACUUCUGGAAAUGACACUAGUGGAGUAGGUGUAGCAGAAGAUGUGGUGGGACUCAAGGCGGGCUGCCAGUCCCCUGAGUCUGGACUGAGUCAGACUGGCAGCUCUGGUAGCUCCAAUGGAAAGAGAACUCGGUCUGGGGGCAAGUCCUCCCCCAAGUCCUCAAACUCUGAUGACACCGAUGCCCACUCGAGCGGGAACGACUCAGCCGAGAGAGAGGUGGAAGGUCACAUGGGGCGCGAGGCAUCAACCUGCAGCAGCGCCCAUAACGGGCAGGACUCUGCCAUAGAGACAAAAGAGAGCAAAAGGUAACACAUUUAACAGAAUACAUAUUUGAAACACCACUCCAUUUUCAGAUGGUAGCCAGGAGAAUCAAUGGGUAUCAUUUUUAUACUAUGAAAAUGUCUGCUCAGCAGUGAUAAUAACUUCAUGUUAUUUUGCCCCUGUCAGCUCCAACUCCCACAGCCCUUCCCCUCCCAACAGCUCUAUGGUCUACAGCCUGCUGAGUGGCAGCUCGGAGCAGGACCACCCGUCCACCAGCGGCUGCAGCAGUGACCAGCCGGCCCGGCUGCAGACCCAGAGAGAGCUGCUCAAGGCCCUGAAGGAGCUAAAGAUCCGCAUGCCUGCAGACCACCGGGUGAAAGGCCGCUCCAGUACCCUGGCCUCCCUGCAGUAUGCACUCAACUGUGUCAAACAAGUCCGAGGUAAGAUGCAGCCUUUUGAUCCUGCCUUUUGCUAGAUGUACUGUAUACUGUAAGGCUUUAGCAUGAAAUAGCAAGCUUACUAUCCAUCUAUACUAUUUAUACUAAUGUGUGUGUGUGUUUAGCGAAUCAGGAGUAUUAUCACCAGUGGAGUGUGGAGGAGAGCCACGGUUGCAGUCUGGACCUCUCAGUCUUCACCACAGAGGAACUGGACAACAUCACCUCUGAAUACACACUCCAGAAUACGGUAGGAACUAGAGCACAAUCUUAAUCUACUAGAACCAGACCCACAGCUCUCAAACAGACCAACGGCUCUCAAACAGACUAAAAGCUUUUAAACCCAACUGAACAUUGUUCUGACCUCCCUUGUUUCUUCUCUCUCCUGUAAUAGGACACGUUCUCUGUGGGAGUGUCGUUCCUCUCUGGGAAGGUGGUGUACAUCUCCCCCCAGGCCUCUCCCAUGCUGCGCACUAAGCCUAAUCGACUCCAGGGGGCACUCUUCUCUGAGCUGUUGGCCCCCCAGGACGUCAGCACUUUCUACAGCAGCACCGCUCCCUGUCGCCUGCCCCCCUGGGCCUCCUGUACUGGCUCCAGUAAGACUCCUACAGAAGUCCUUUAAUUUAGCUCUGAAUUCACAUUGAAAUGGAUGAUCAAAUUUUUACAUGUGUAUGUGAUAUAAAUAUUGCUGUGGUGUUAAUGUCCCCCCCCCUCUAUAUCUCCCUCAGUGACCUCCCCUGUGGACUGCACCCAGGAGAAAUCCAUGUUCUGCCGUAUCAGUGGUGGGAGGGACAGCGAGGGGGAGGUGCGGUACUACCCCUUCCGUAUGACCCCCUACCAGCUAACCCUACGUGACUCCGACAUGACCCAGGCACAGCCCUGCUGCCUGCUCAUUGCUGAGAAGGUGCACUCAGGAUACGAAGCUCCACGUAUCCCAGCGGACAAGAGGAUUUUUAACACUAGCCACACCCCCAGCUGUCUCUUUCAGGAAGUGGAUGAAAGAGCUGUGCCGUUGCUAGGCUACCUGCCCCAGGACCUGGUUGGGACUCCUGUCCUCAUGUACCUCCACCCUGAUGACAGGCCUGUCAUGGUGGCCAUACACAAGAAGAGUGAGUACUUCUGUCCAACAGUCAUGCCUUAUACAUUCUGUAAGGAUUUAGAAACGGGCAAAUGGAUGAUUGGUUAUGUACUUAUACUCUAUCAUAGUUUUAACAUCUUUGGUUCUCCCCUCAGUUCUCCAGUCGGCGGGGCAGCCCUUUGAACACUCGCCCCUGCGUAUGUGUGCCCGGAACGGGGAGUAUCUCACCAUAGAUACCAGCUGGUCCUCCUUCGUCAACCCCUGGAGCCGCAAAGUGGCCUUCAUCGUGGGUCGACACAAAGUCAGAACGUGAGUAGUUAACCUCUCUGCUACGUCGAUGACCUUCACAAGCUUGCAAAAGCCACAUUUGAACUGAUCUGUAACCUAUUUGUGUAGCUAUCAAGUAGUACAAAUUGCCUUGUUCUAAACCCCAUUCCCUUGUCCUUCUCCCCUCAUCUACAGGAGUCCCCUGAACGAGGAUGUGUUCACUCCUAGUAUGGAGGUGGAGGCGCGGGCCAUGUCUCCAGAGAUCCCCAGGCUCAGUGAGCAAAUCCACCGUGUGCUGGUGCAGCCCGUCCACAGUGGUGGCUCCCAGGGCUACUGCAGCUCCCACGGAUCCCAGCCACACAGGCCUAGCCCGGGCUCCUCCUCAGGCAGCAGCAGCCCCUCCACCAAGGGGAUCAUCCAGAUGACCAUCCAGAGACCAGUGAGUACUAACACAAUUACAGAUGUUUUACACAUAUAAGGUACUUUAUAGUUCGUAAACAAGGUAACUUGUAGUUUGUUACUAUAACCACAGUAUUUGAAUUAGUGGAAUUGACUCAGAAGAAAGUUGAAGGGUCAUCAUCUAACUCUUUACCCUCUCUUACCUGUCCACAGCAGCAGAUGACAUUCCAGCAGAUGUGUAAGGACGUCCACAUGGUGAAGACCAAUGGUCAGCAGGUCUUCAUCGAGUCCCGCAACCGCCCACCGCUCCGCAAACACGCCAGCACUGGUAAACACUUGACAUUUCACUACAAAUAUGAUAAGAUUCUUGUCACGGUGUGCUAUAAAACGUCUGAAACGUCUUCAUUACAAAAGUAUAACCACAUAAGUGUCGAGAUGAUAAUGCAAUUCUAAUGGUACUUCCUUUUCCUCUUCUCAGGAGCCUUGGUGAUGCCAGAGCAUUUAAACAAAGACUUGGGACCUAUUGGAGCUCUGGGGCCAAUUAAAACCUUGGCCUCAGUGCAGUCAAGGAAAGACCCGUCAGCCAACUACUCCUACCAGCAGAUCAACUGUCUGGACAGCAUCGUACGCUACUUGGAGAGCUGCAACGUCCCCAACACAGUGAAGAGGAAAUGUGGCUCCUCCUCCUGCACCACAUCAUCAACGUCAGACGAUGACAAGCAGAGGGAGUUGUCUGGAACAGCUAAAGGUACACAAUACAGAUCCUAUUGAAACACAUAAAAUUAUGUAUUUUUGAUGCCUUUUAAUGUCUGCAGGUAUUUUGGACUAAAUGUUUAACUGUGUUUCCCUACCGAUCUCGAAGGGCCCCAGGGUAAGGAAGGGUCUAAAGGGGGGCCACAGAUGAGCCCUCUGGCACUGCACUGCAAGGCUGAGAGUGUGGUCUCUCUCACGUCCCAAUGCAGCUUCAGCAGCACCAUCGUCCAUGUAGGGGACAAGAAGCCCCCAGAGUCAGGUAGGACACAUCCCUGUGUUGUCUGACUGACUGUUCCUUUACCUCCCUCUCUCUUCUCUCUAAUAUAUCGUCAACCUUAUUCCCUGCAGAUAUUAUCAUGAUGGAGGAGACACCAGCCAACCCCACUCCCACCGCUCCAGCCCCAGCCAUUAACAACACCAUCACCACGGCAGUGACCCCCCGUCCCUCGACCUUUCCCAGCCCAGCAACACCCAGCCCCGCCCAGCCCAAGAGGGAUGGCCGCAGGUCGGCUGGAUGCUCAGGCCGCCUGGGUCUGACCAAGGAGGUGCUGUCUGCCCACACCCAGCAGGAGGAACAGGUGUUCCUGAGCCGCUUCAGGGACCUGGGACAGCUACGCAUGCUGGACACUGUUCCUCCUUCUCUGAGAGGACACACCACCACACCCAAAGGUAAGAUGGACACUUCAAGUGGAGAUUUAGCUUCUAUUAUGACUGAAAGAUGAUGUGGAUGAGAAUCCAUCGUUUUUCCAUGCAGCUCACCCGUGUUGUCUCUCUGUCUGUGUGUGUGUGUGUGUGUGUGUGUGUCAGGAGUGCGCAGCUCGCAGGACUAUCCAGCAGGCGGUAACAGACGGAGGAGGGGCCGGGGGACCAAGAGGCUGAAGCACCAGCAGGAGGGCUCCCACGGGGGCCGCCCCCAGAUGAGCUCAGGGAUGAACAGUAGUUCCAGAAGGGAAGGGCAGGGGCACCAAGGCCAAAUGUUCCCCAUGGGUCAACCGCUAAUGAUGCAGGGACCCCUGACCUCGUCCUCUUCCUGGCCCACCUCUGUGGCCUCUCAGGCCAGCCUCCCUCCUGCCGUGGCCCAGUACCCUCCAGGAGUCCUGCCCUUCUUCCCCCUCUACCCCAACGCCAUACAGAUGGGUUACCCCAGCCCCCAGCCAGGCUUCCAGUACCCCCUGCAUGCCAAUCAGAUCCCCAUGCCAAUGGCUCCCCCGAUGAUGGUUGUUCUGCCCAACUACAUGUUCCCUCAACUCAAUGGAGGUGUACCACAGCUCAACCAGCUCAAUCCAGCCAUGCCUCACCUUAACCCCAGUAUCCCUGGUAUGGCACAACUUAACCAGGCACUACCGCAGUUCAACCAGGCUAUUCCACUACCACAACUCAAUCCUGUCUUGGCUCAGUUCAACCCCGCUGUGACGCAGAUGAAUGGCAUGCCUCAUGUGAAUCCCGCCCUAGCUCAACUCAACUCGUCACAGGUCAAUCCUGCUUUGUCGAUGAUCCCACAACAUUUCCAUAAUCCCAACCCAACAUUACCUUUCCCAAAUCCGGUUCCCGGGCUUCCUGGCUUUGCCUUACCUGGGAUUGAUCCCACGUUUGUCCAAAGCGGCAACUCCCGCUCCCACACCCCUCAGUCCCCGUACCAAGCCCCACUGGAGGGAACCAACUCGCCCCUCUUCCAAUCACGAUGCUCCUCCCCCCUCAACCUGCUGCAGCUGGAGGAGUUGCCAGGCAACAGGCAGGAGGGCAUGUCGACAGGGGCGCAGCAGACCCCGCCCCCACCUGGCUCGUCGUCUCAGGUUGGAGGUCAAGGCUCUGUUUACCGCAACAGCAACAUGAAGGGUGACGCCAAAGAGGACGAUAAUGUGAGUUUUAAACUAUGCAAUCCAUUUUUUAAAUGUAAUUCAGAAAAUAUUUUGAGUCUAGUGAGUUCUUGUCAUUAACUGCUGUCCUGUGUUGUACCCUUCCGCCAGGCUGAUGUUGAUGACCAGGACGCCAUGUCCACCUCCAGUGACCUGCUGGAUCUGCUGCUGCAAGAGGACGCCUGCUCAGGCACCGGCUCGGCUGCCUCUGGCUCCGGGUCCUCUGGCUCCGGGUCCUCAGGUUCUGGCUCUAAUGGAUGCAGCACCUCAGGGAGUGGCACAAGUGAGUUUGUAACACCGCCAGAUACUUUUUCUUAGCACUGUGAUGGUAAAGGAUGUUUGUGUAUAGUGACUGAUAUGUUAUGAAACUAACUGAACAUGUUCCUUUUUCAACCACAGGAAGCAGCAACACCAGCAAGUACUUUGGCAGCAUUGACUCAUCGGAGAACGACCAUAAGCAGGCAACAGGCGGGGCUGAAGAGGCCCAGCUCAUGAAGUAUGUCCUUCAGGACCCUAUCUGGCUCCUUAUGGCCAACACAGACGACAAGGUUAUGAUGACGUACCAAAUGCCCACCAGGUAAGAAAUCGUCAUGGUCACUGCACUUCACUCUUGUCAUUGAAAUUGUAGUCAUAGUUACAUUUACCAGUCAUGAUUAGUAAUAAAUGCUACAGCUAUUUAAUUGUAUUUAUGAUUGAUGAUGUGCAUGGAAUGCAAGUAGUAUAUUUGAAUAUUAUUUAUCAAUGCAGACUAUGAAAAGGACAAAAAUGUGACUAUGAAAAAUAGAAACGCUCCACACACCAUUAUGCUCCUAAUACCACAUUUUAGUCUAUGGCAUAUCUAUGGACAUGUGAAAGAGUAUUGGUGUGUGUGAUUUUUAAAGGGACAGGGAGACUGUUCUAAGGGAGGAUCGUAUGGUACUGAGGGCGGUGCAGAAACAGCAGCCGUGCUUCACUGAGGAGCAGAAGAAAGAGCUGAUCCAGGUCCAGCCCUGGAUGGGCACCGGACGCCUGCCACAGGCCAUCAACACCCCUGUAAGUCAGCACACAGACACAUGCUGUAGCUAGUAGCUAUACCCCGCCUCUCUCAGUCCCCAAAGAUUCACAGGAAUCAGUAUAGAUGACAGUGGAGAGUAAUAAAAUGUACUUGUAAAGGAUGUUUAUUAAUCUCUUGUCCCUCUGCUUGUGUUUAGACUUGUACCGGGUGCGGUGCUCCUCCAGUUACCUCCGCCCCCCGGCCCUUUGAUGUGGAGCUGCAGGACAUGGCUCUGACUGGGGUCCUCCAGCUACAGGAAGAGGCUACCGUACACGCAGAGACACAUGUUACCAUGGCAACAGACGCAAGACAUACUUCCAUCUCACCACCACAAGCCCCCCAGACAGAGACUAAGGGGGGUGAGGGUGAGAGGCAAGGGGAACAGGAAGGAGAUUGUAGGGACACCAGAGUGAAGGAGUUGGAGGUGACAUCAUCAUCUGUAACAGAGAAAUGGGACUCUGUGUUUCUAAACAGCAACUGAGGACUUCUAUAUGGCCAAUGACUCUAAACCACAAUGCAUUGGGACAAAUGGGUGGCCAAGCUCACGUCAAUGUGUUGUUUGAACAAAGACGUGAACAUAAGGAGUCAAAGAAUACCUGAUCCUGUUUAAACACAUGGAUUGUGUAGCUCAAUGUAUAUGGAAUCUAAGAAGGUGUAAAUAUUGUAUGUAUUUCAAAUUUAAGCUGGAAAGAGAAGCCCUUGGUAAAUGUUUUAUUGGCAUGUUUGGUGCCUGGUCCGCUGGACUGAAGACAUGUUCCAUUUGUAAUUCACUGCUUUGGGGUUUUCCUCCCCUGUAGUGACAAUUUGAUAGUUUACAAGUUAUUGCGUGUAUCAACGCAAUAUAAUUUAAUUGUCCAAUGUCCAUAUUGGAAAAUGAUGUCAAAUCUAUCGUAAAAAAACAAUGAAAAAAACGAAAUUCAUGUUGAAAAAUAUAUUUGGUAGAAUACGAGCUAUUGUACAGUGUGUUUAUUUCUGUAUACCAACCAAGAGCAGGCAUACUACUGUUUUUUGUGGGCUGUUCUGUCAUGUAAUGUUCUGAAUGGUUCAUUUUUUGGGGUUAUAUAAUUGUACACUGCAAUGCUUGUAAAAAUAUGUAAGGUUUUAAGCUUUAUUGGGCAAACGUCCUGACUAUUUUAUCUCCUCCAGAGAAUUACACAUUUUCGAAAGACCAUGUUAAAAGAAAUACCUUGUUAUUUAUUUGCAUCGCUCUGGGUAUUUCUGUACAAAAAGUAUCUUCGAUUUGGCAGGAGCAGAGAUGUGUGUUUCCAUGGUAACAGAACAGAUGGAGCCAGUCUUGUUGAUUGGACCAUACAAUGAGAGUGGAGAGGAGAGAGGAGUAGGGCUGACUGAGCUUUACAAGAGCAGGCCUUGAUCAUGCAGAGUUGGUCAAGGCCAAUAUGUUCUAUCAUGUCUGCUGCCCCUUAUUCCCUCUCCUUUUCUCCAUUUCAUUAAUGUAAAUAAAAGGAUUUGAUAGACACUAUUAUUACAUUUCUUUGGGG